CCACACACCAAACUUACCUUCUAUCUCUCUACCUUUCUUGGCUUUGAGCCCAAACGGUCUAACAGCAGCCCGGAAAUGCAGCAGCAAGUGGUUAAGAAGGAUCGUCGGAUGUUCAGUUCAUCCGAUGACAAUGCAAUGAUGAAGCAGGUUGUGGGGACUCAUUCACCCGAUGGUCGUGAUGUUCACUUGGAACCCAUUCUUAACGUCAUUGAAGAAACACUCUAUCGGGCCAUUCCUGCAAGCAUUGAUGGUGUUGUUAAGGGCACACUUGAUGGCCAUAUUGAUGCACCGGUUGGAGAAGAAAAGGCCGUCUUCUCUAGCUUUGAAGACAUUGACGGUAUCCCGGAUGGAUUGGCUCAUUUGAUCCAUAAAAUUGCAUGCGAGUUUUCUUGCAAGUGCUCAGGUGGAGCCGACGCUCAUGCAUCAACAAUGGCAAUUCUCAACAUGCUUUCAAGCUACACGUGGGAAGCGAAAGUGGUGAUAUCAUUAGGAGCAUUUGCAGUCAAUUUCGGAGAAUUUUGGCUUGUGGCUCAAUUAUUUGCCACCAAUCCACUUGCUAAAUCGGUAGCAUUGCUCAAACAAUUGCCAAACAUCAUACAACAUUACAAAUCACUCAAACCUAGAUUUGAUGCUAUUAAUAAUCUCAUUAAAGCCAUUUUGGAUGUGACCAAAUGUAUCAUUGAUUUCAAGAAUCUACCUUAUCAGUAUCUCCAAGAUGACACACCACCCAAGUCAACAGCAUUGACUCAUAUUCCCACUGCAGUUUAUUGGUCCAUCAAGAGUAUGGUGGCUUGUGUAUCUCAACUAACAAGCCUUUUAGGCAUGAAUUAUGAGUAUAUCACAGCUACCUCAGAGGCAUGGGAACUUUCAAGCUUGGCUCACAAGGUUCAGAAUAUUCAUGAGCAUCUUAAAUCACUCCUCCUCCUUUGCAUGAAAAACAUAGAGGAGAAGCAACAUGAUGAAUAUUAUCUCAUGCUUGUACGAAUCUUUGAUGUGUCUCACUUAGACAACUUGAAGAUUCUCAAGGCUUUGUUUUGUGCCAAGGAUGAUAUUCAUCCGCUUCUUGAUGGAUCGUCGAAAACAAGGGUUAAUGUGGAUGUGCUAAGGAAAAAGACUGUGUUGCUGCUCAUAUCAGACCUUGACAUCUCCCAUGAAGAGAUUUUGGUCCUCACUCAAAUCUACAAAGACUCGAGAAUACAACCUGGUCUUCAAUACGAAGUUGUGUGGGUCCCGAUUGUGGACGAUCUGAUGGCGUGGAAUGAUAUACAUCAACACAAACUUGAGCAGCUUCAAUCAAUGAUGACGUGGCAUAUGCUGCAUCACCCUACGUUGCUAGAACCGGCAGUCAUUAAGUACGUCAAGAAAGUGUGGCACUUUGAGAAAAAGCCGAUUUUAGUAGCGUUAGAUCCACAAGGCAGAGUGACAUCACUAAACGCGCUCCAUAUGGUCUGGAUUUGGAGAAAUGACGCUUACCCUUUCACUAGCAUGAAAGAGGAAGCAUUAUGGAAGGAUGAAUCUUGGACGCUAGAUUUAUUGGUGGACAGCAUUGAUCGAUAUAUAUUACAUUGGAUUGCUGAAGAGAAAUACAUAUGCUUGUAUGGAGGAGAUGAUCUAGAAUGGAUCAGGAAAUUUACAACGAUAGCGAUGAAUAUUGCUAGAACCGCAGGAAUCCCAUUGGAGAUGGUUUAUGUGGGAAAAAGCGGAACCAAAGAGAGAAUAAGAAAAAUAACUACAACGAUCAGCGAAGAGAAACUAAGCCACACUUGGCCCGACCCAACUUACGUGUGGUACUUUUGGACCCGACUUGAGAGCAUGUUGCACUCAAAGAUGCAACAAGGGAAACGUUUUGAAGACGACCCGAUUAUGAAAGAGGUGAUGACCAUGAUGAGCUUUGAUGGGAGUGAUCAAGGGUGGGCAUUGAUCUGUCGCGGAUCAAGUGAAAUGGCAAGAGCAGGCGCUGAUUUGGCACUAACGAGUUUAAACGAGUAUGAUAAUUGGGAAGGAGAUGCACAACAGAACGGUUUUGUCCCAGCGUUAAAAACUUACUUGGCGUUAAAGCAUACGCCGCAACACUGUACCCGACUUAUUCUUCCUGGGGUUGGUGGCGGGAUGCCUGAUGAGGUGGUGUGUUCGGAAUGUGGUCGGACUAUGGAGAAAUUCUUUAUGUUUCGUUGUUGUACCGAUUAGUGGGAAUGAUUGUCGUGUUUCAGUUGAGUUUGACAUUAUGUUUAUUAGUUGUUUUGGUAUCUACACCGGUGAGGAGAUGCUGUUAGAAGUGUGAUACUGGUUCAUUGUUUUCAAAAAUAACUAACAGUGUGUUAUUCAAAUUUCAAAAUUCCACUUGCAA